AUGUCACACAAUUCGCAGGCAGUCUACAGUGCACAUAGCGAUGCAAGCGAUUAUGGCGACUUCACCGUAGACGAGCAGGAGAUCCUCAACGGGCUCCUUGCAAACAUUACACCAGAGUACACUACCACAGAUGAGCCGUUAGAGUUGACAGACAUUGAAGACUAUGAAGAAGCAAGGGGCGUUCGUCUUCCAAAGACAUUGGGCAAAGAGUUAUGGACUCCUCCAUGGAUGCACCAGCGUCCACAGGCCGAAGUCGCACCUCAUAUUACCGUGGAGGAUCAAACAUCACGCAACACUGGCUCCGCCACGACGGUCGACUCUGCGGCUCAAGAAAGGAGAGCUGAUCGCGAGCGUUCUGCAUCCGUCGACCGUCAAUCCGAUGCUUCGAAGCCCGACACACGCUCACCCAUUGAGCGUUUUCGCACCAAACCCAAGAAAGCGCUCAGCGUGACGGAUCUAGUCAGUCCAGCGUGGUGCGAGCUACAAUACUUUUACACGCUCUCAAAACAUGGUAAAAAGCGCGCCACGCCUGCGAUGAGGCAGGGGACGAAAGUACACAAGAAAUUGGAGGAUGAGGUCCACACAACUGUACCAGUAGAGAUCACCACGAAAGAAGAUAGUUGGGGGCUGAGGAUCUGGAACAUUAUACAGGGACUUCGAACGUUGCGGGAGACAGGCAAGACGCGCGAGCUCGAGGUGUGGGGUGUGGUUGAUGGAGAGAUUGUCAAUGGGGUUAUUGAUGAGCUAAGCUACGAGUGUCAGGACCCUGUAUUUGCAGAGCAGGAAGCUCAACGGCUAGCCAAAGGACGAGAAGCAAAGGACGAAUUACCUGAGAACCAAACAAGCAUAGUUGACUACUUGCUAUCGUCUACUGGCGGAAAUGGCAAGACUUUCAGCCAGCUAGGUACAGGGAUAGAAAAGAGCAUGGAGCCACCUUCGAUUUCUCAACCUGUCAACAAGAAGCUACAGCACCCCAGACAGGAGGACAAGAAGAUUUAUAUCACCGACAUGAAGACCAGAAGUGUCAAAUCGCUCCCAUCAGCCCUAGCAGCCCGUCCCACGGAAAUACAACUGCAGCUCUACCAUUCCAUGCUCAACUCCCUUGCCCAAGACAAAGUGCCACUCUCCACUUUCGCAGAACGCUACAACUUCGACCCAGCAGUCCAGUUCUCCGAUUCUUUCAUUACCCAGGUGGGAAGUCUAAACGAGCAGUUCUUCGACGCCAUCUCCUCACAACCCCAAUCCGAUGAUACUGCUACCGGCGCAAGCGACAUCCCAGCCUCAACCCAGGAUUCGAUCGACAUUCUCCUCAAACACAACACCAUCCAAUCCCUUUGGAGGUUCAUGGUAUCCCAAUUCCAGGAAACGCUACUCCUUGGUCCGAUAACCUCUUCCUCCUCCUCCCUCCCCUCCCCGCCACACAGCGAGACCGAUCUCCCAACCCGCCUGUCCCCGCUGCUAACAGCAUCCUAUAUCCACUCCUCCACUCAUACACACCUUGGUAACAAAUUCUUCACCUACUCCCCCUCCGACCUCUCAACCUACAUCUCCGACGAGAUGGCCUGGUGGCGAGGUAAGAGGAAAGCCCGGGGCGUGGAGAUCCAGGAGGUCAAUGCGAAGUGUACGCGAUGCGAGUUCCUGGCGGAGUGUGAGUGGAUACGCGACAAGGAGAGGGAAGUUAGGGAGAAGAAGAAGACGGCAGACUGA